GACUUUCUUCCAUUCGCUACCCCCACUUCGUUAACUCACUUCGGCCCUAUCUUAGCGCACCUUGAAAGCAAUAACUACGUCAAUAAUUCCAACGAUUUACGGGGCACAUACAUAAAUGUCUCGUUCCAGAUAGCAUUUUUCCGGACCAACAGGUCAAUUAUUAUGGAUGGAUGGCCAGGUCAUCUCUACCGCUACCAUGUUGUAGUUGAUGCACCACGACCGGAGAGUUAUCGUGCAGAUAUUGAAACUGCGGCUUAUCUUUAUGAAGAAGCAGACAAGCAGAAGCUUUGGGGUGAUAUCGCGGCUGCGGCAGAAAGUGGAAGAGAUUUCUCAAGUCGCUGGUUCAGUCAAACAGGACCAAUGGCAGGAAAAUUUGAAGGCACUAGGACGAGUGAGAUAGUACCUGUGGAUCUCAAUGCUAUCAUAUGUGGAAAUCUUCAACUGAUGCGUGAUCUUUACGAUGCAAUGGGGAAUAUUGACGGUUCGAAAAGCUGUGCACAAGAGGCUGACUUAAUGAAGCAGACAAUACAUCAGGUAUUGUGGAACGAGUCAGCUGGGUGUUGGUUCGAUUAUGACAUCGCCAAUGAUCAGCACCUUCGUAUGUUCAGUGACACUAAUUUUUUCCCGCUGUACACAAAAUCUACGCAUCCAGGUUUUGAUUCCCAAACCAUCGUUGACUACUUACGAAAAGUAGGCGUACUAGAGUUUCCCGGUGGAGUGCCAACUUCACUCAUUGCUACAGGUCAGCAGUGGGAUUUUCCCAAUGCAUUUGCACCAACACAGUGGAUCCUCAUCGAAGGCCUUAGAAUGUCUGGCCAAGAAGAGAUCGCUCUGCAGUUGACCGAGAAAUGGGUCAGGAAGAACUUCAACAUGUGGCGUGCCAGCGGUGGAACAAUGUAUGAAAAGUGGCUGGUUAGCAGUCUUGAUCGGGGAUGGGUCCCGUCACCAUCGUCAAGGAUGGGUCCUCCCAUCCUUGACCCUCGACUUGGGGAUUUGCUCGUCUCCGAGGUUGCGGAUAUGUCUCUGAGCAUGGGAUGUGUCCUCGAG